AUGACCUAUUCUGUGAGUGAGCCUGGCGAGAACCAGACCAUUUCUGAUGGGUUCAUCCUGGUGGGCUUUUCCUACCUUAACGAGCAGCAGAUCCUUCUGUUUUUGCUGCUUCUGCCCACCUACCCAAUGGCCCUGGUGGGGAACCUGCUCAUUAUCCUCCUGAUAAUCCUGAACUCCUCUCUCCACACCCCCAUGUAUUUCUUCCUGGUGAACCUGUCUCUCUUGGAAAUCUGCUGCACCACCAGCGUGACCCCUCAGCUGCUGGUUCACCUGCUGGUGGAGCAAAAGACCAUCUCCUUUGUGGGCUGUAUGGUCCAGAUGUUGGUCUUCAGCACCCUGGGCCUCGCAGAAUGCUGCCUCCUCGCAGCCAUGGCCUACGACCGCUAUGUGGCCAUAUGCCGCCCCUUGCACUACACAACCAUCAUGAGCGGCCGGGCGUGUGCGCUGCUUGCAGGGGCUUCAUGGACCAUUGGCCUCUUAGCAGAAUCAGCUGAGACCACGUGGCUCUUCAGCCUGCCCUUCUGUGGCUCCAAGCGCAUCCCCCACUUCUUCUGCGACAUCCGGCCAAUAGAGAAGAUGGUGUGCGCCGAUACAUGGAAGAACGAGAUCCUGGGCUUGACUGUUUCCGCGCUGUUCAUCAUGGGCCCUUUUGUAUUGAUAGUCCUGUCCUACAUCCUCAUUAUCUCCACCAUCCUCCAGCUGCCGUCGGCAGAGGGGAGGCAUAAAGCCUUCUCCACCUGCUCCUCCCACCUCAUGGUGGUGACUUUACUCUAUGGAACUUGCCUUUCAGCUUAUCUAAAACCCAAGUCCAGCUACACACCAGAGAGUGAUCAUUGGAUUUCCCUCCUGUACACUGUUGUCAUACCCAUUUUGAACCCCAUAAUAUACACGCUGCGGAACAAAGAGGUGCAUGGCGCCUUCAGAAAGUCUCUAGACAAGAGUGUCUUUUCCCACAACUAGAGAAAUUAGGGAAGGAAAACGAAAGUGAGUUAAUUGAUACAAUGGAAAAGAGGGGAAAUCACUGGCAUUUUCCCAGAUAUUUCCUCAAGCUGUUCAUUUUGUUAACUGAAAUUUGCCUUUUGCAAAACUUUUACUUGUAGUAAACCCUUCUGGUGUAUUGCAGGAGAAAAUGUUGUUACCAAAAAAGUUAAUCUAUAUAAGAGGGAAAUCUAUAUAAUCUAUAGAAGAGGGCAG